UUAUUAUCAUAACGAUUUAACUGGGUUUAAAGGGCCCCCAUCUGUUGCUCGUCAACACACGAAUAUGUCGAUUAUUUAUGCAGAAAGGAAUUUUUUAUAUUUUUACGUUUCAUCGCGAGUUUUGAGAUUGAUGGAAUGAUCGAUUUGGAAAAUUGUUGAGAGCUUUUUGAAGGCGGCAUUGUCAUCUGAAACCACCAGCCACCCUCACAUCCAAGAGCAUGACUCAUCGGGGUCCGGUAAUCAAUGAGUAAAAUUCUCAAAAAACAAUUGUCAAGAGAAAUUUGUAAAGAAUUCCGUGGAACGCACUUGGAAGUCCUGGAUUUUUACGGAACCGAGACUGGUUUCAUCUGGCACGAGGAUCAACUCCUGAUAUUUUGUUAUCAGUCAGCCUUCAGGUGUAACGAUAACACCGAGACAAUUGAGACAGGGCAUUUUGUAUCGAAGAUACUAGUCACUCCAAAGCCUAUCAGAACGAUUUGCAGUUACUCAGGACGAGUAUUCAUCGUCUGUGAACCAACAGGGAUCUUCAAGCUUUCAGAUAAGCUGACAUUUGCUGUCCUCAGUAAAACUGGGAUAGGCCUCGGCUGCGAGGUGCACCAGGUGCUGAAACCCACGACGGAUUCGCUCUAUCUCGCUGACAAAUUCACGAAAAAUUGUAAACCACUUCUGCAAUUAUUCCGUGACGUUAAUUAUCGAAACAGGGAUGGAGUCGUCGUUUAUGACUUGAGACAGAUACUUUACGAUAAUCCAGACAGCUGUCAUAAAUUCUGCUUGAUCUCCACUGGAAGGAAACUGUACAAAUUGACAGGAGAACAGGCUGAGAUUGUUCACGUCGACACCAAUUUUAUCACUGAUAUCGUAGCAAUUAGGAGAGACAAGAGAAGCUUUGGCGUUGGAUUGAUUACAAAUAAUUAUCUGGUACUACUGUUACCAGACAAGAACGAGGAGCUGGUGGUCUCGCAGAAGCUGCAGUAUGAUGGAGAGAUCGUAGCCCUAGCUCUUCAUAUCUCAAAUUUUUCUCAGGAUCAUAUCUCCAGUUUUUACACCAAUGGGAACAAUAUUUACCACAGAAAAUUGAAAAUUGAUUCCUCUGGGCUGAGUGGAAACGAAAAAGUUGACGUUGUGUUGGCGUUUAAAGAAAAAAUAAUAAAUUCUGUAAAGAUUCGGGGUGAGGGGCUUCUGGUGCUAUCGAACGGUUGUGAACUCACGGAAUUUCACAUCAUUGGAAUGGAAGAGAACGAGAGGAGAGAGUUCUGUACUCUCAAAGAGGAGAUGAUCAGGAACACGAAUAUCAUCGUGGACAGGAUAUGCGAGAGGGCGAGAGAAUUGGAACAGGUGAACAAGGCAAUUGCUGCGGGGCAGAAUAAGUUAGAGAGGAUAAAUGCUUAUGCUCAUAAGCAGAAGAUUCAGAUUUCACCGGCUGUGAGGAUCAUGAGGGCUGGUGGUAGGGAUUUUCUCCAGGUCAGGCUCGAGGGUCUCCCCCAGGACAGUCAGGUUUUUGUUAAUGUGAGAGUUGACAGGCUGAGGCUCUUUGCUUCGAAGUUUGUUUGUGAUCGAGUGACGACUCUGGAGGUUCCUCUGGAUAUCAGACACCUGAGGGAUAUCGAGAUAUUCGAUUUGAGAAUUGAUCUCGUGGCUACCCAGUGCAAGAGACAGCUGUGGUGUAUCAUGAAUAAUGUUCUGGACACGAGCAGAACAGAGGAGAGCUCCUGUCAGUCUAGCAUAGAUAGGGAAAAUUUAUUCACAGCUAAACUGGAGACUCUCAGGAGUUUGAUGAAGAAGAAAUGUCUUGAUGAUGUUAAGUUGAGAUAUAUUAAGAAGAGUAUUAGGAAGGAUUGAUGAAAUUUGAGGGACUGAUGCUUGUUAUAUUUUUCUGUGAGAGGAUUUUGUCACAGAUUUCUUCCAGUUUAUACGUUUGGUUGGCUAUAAAAAUAAUUUUAUGUA